AUGCGCGCCGGUGACGUCAGAGCGGCUGCAAGACGCGCACUCGCGUGCCUUUAUGACUGCAACCCUGUGCCGUUCACGGCGCUGAUGAGCGAACUACCCGCGGAAACCCAAGCGAUGGUGAACGGAGUCGUUCAACAACACGUUAGAAGGACUUCCAGCACUGGCAGCGACAGUCCGCUGCGUACCGUCAGUAGCACUAGCAACUCGGGCGCGGCCGAAGACGUAUACUCGCGGAUACGGAAGACCACCAGCGAGAUACACACCUACACCGCGCAGCAUGCUAAUGCGGAGUGCGGCAAUCAUAUGUCGAGCAAGGACUCCGGCAUCAGCCAGAUGUCUGACGUCACGCUGUCCAACCGCGGCCACAACGGAGUGCCCAAUGGGCAUUACAACGCAGAAGCACUGGCGCGCGCGGCCUCUGCAGACAGUUCUGAAGAAGCUCCCAGCACUAAAGAGUCUUCGCCGGUACCGCACGCGAGGCUCGACUACCCUCACGCGCACGGAGAAUUCAAUUCAAGUCACCUUGGCAGAGACAAGAUGAAACCUUACGAAACGGACGAGAAUGGAUAUAUCAUUACCAAAUCGGGCCUCCGCGAACAAGAAGUCUUAGAAGCCCUAUGCAAGCUUGACGCGACGCAAGCGCCGCCUGAACAAUGGGAACGUCUAUUGCUGGCCACACACGAGCUGUUGAAAUAUGGAGAUUGUCGCGCGCCCUGCGAGUAUUUCAAAAACAUCGUCAGGGUGGCGCUGGCAGCGCUGACGAUCGAAGAGGGCUCGGGCGACAAGGAGAACACUGAGAACGCUUCCAACGCACAGCAGUCGUCAGGCUGGGGCACGGCCAACGAGCGCGCCGCGGCCGAGGCAGUGAAAGUGUUAAUCUGGCUGUGCCGGCGAUCCGAAACGCGCGCCCAGUGGCUGGACUACUUCGACCUUAUACUGCUGAAGCUUAUCAACGCUUACGGAGCUUUAAACAAGGAGGCGGUGAAAGAGUUAACCUGGCUGUGCCGGCGAUCCGAGACGCGCUCCCAGUGGCUGGACUACUUCGACCUUAUACUGCUGAAGCUGAUCAAGGCGUACGGAGCGCUUAACAAGGAGGUGAUGCGAGCAGUAGACGCCGGUAUGCCGCACAUCGCUCAGGCAUUGCCGGCACAACAGGUAACUAUAUAA